AUGUGCACCAACAUAGUUUACGAGUGGCUGAAAGCGCUGCAGCUCCCGCAGUACGCGGAGUCCUUCGUGGAUAACGGCUACGAUGACCUGGAGGUGUGCAAGCAGAUCGGGGACCCGGACCUGGACGCCAUCGGGGUGCUGGCGCCCGCGCACCGGCGCCGCAUCCUGGAGGCCGUGCGCCGGCUGCGGGAGCAGGACGCCGCCGCCGCCGGCCUCUACUUCACGCUGGAGCCGCAGCCGCCGCCCGCGCCACCCGGGCUGCCCGCGGUCGCCGUCCCCACUCGCCGCCGGGGGGAGCCUUGCGGCGGCCAGGCCCAGGGCCCCCGCGGGGACCCCCGCAGCCAGACGACCGCCCCUCGCGGCAAGGAGCUGGUGAGCUACCCGAAACUGAAGCUGAAGAUCAUGAUCAGGGAUAAGCUCGUCCGCGACGGCAUCCACCUGAGCAAGCCCCCGUACUCCCGCAAGGUCCCAAUGGCUGGCAUCCUAGAGUUCUUAAUGAAUUGGCCGAAGUCAUCACAGAACCGCUAG